AUAAGAGGUGGAGGAAAACUCUAUUUUCCGGUUUGUUUACUCUGCUUCCCUUUUCUCCCAGACUUUCACUCCUUGGAUCUCCAAGAUCGAAUCCGAGAAUUCCCGAUCCCCAUAGCCCUGCCAUGCGCCCUUACCAAUCCCACGAGCUCGUGUCUCGCGUUUCCCUGUCAGCUGUUCCGUGAUCCCAUCCAGCUCCUAAAGCCGCCGCGGUUGACGCCAAUUGCGUCGACCGGCAUGGAUUCCGGCGCCAACAGCAGAAACUCUGUCGGGGAUUCGCCGCCGCCGGCUUCCCCGCCAAGCCAUCUGGUCGCCAAAGGCCGUGGUCUCCGCCGGUGGCGCCGUAUCCGCCGCGAGCACCACGACGACGAAAGCUCCCCAGCCUGCCCUGUUGCUUCCGGCGGCGGCGGCGGCGCUGACGAGGACUCGUCGCAGCUCCACAAGCGCCGUCUCCCCGUCGCCGCCGACGCGCCUAAGGGGAAGCAAGACGCGGCAGCCGCGGAGGAGAGCCCAGCAGCGUCGGUGGAGUCCAGCUUCGUGCCGCCGGAGGCGCCGCCGUCGCCAGCCCCGACUAAGCUGGACCCAGAUCUCGGCCUCCUGAUCGCGUCCGCCGGAUUCUCGGUGGGCGCGGGCGGGGCCGACUCGGACAACAGCGACGACCGAACCAGCAAGUCCUCCACCGCGCUCCCGCGCCACGACUUCAUGCUCGGCGGCUUCGGCCGCGAACGCGACAGGGCGCGAUCCCGCGCCCCCGGCGCCACUGUUCAUCAUGGCAAAAAUCUCCGUAGUGCACGCGCGCGCGGCGCUAGUGCGCGCGCUGCCUCUACAGCCUCCUCCACGGUGGAAGCGGAGAACUCGCGCUCGAGUGUUGAGUCUGACCUCCGCAGCUCCAACGCUACUCACGCACGAAAAUCAAGUGCUGGCAUCGGUAGCAAUGGCGUUCACAAGUUUCUGCACACUGAUGGAGAGCACAGUGACGAGGAACGUCCAAGUGAGCCCUUGCUGUCUGGAGCAGGAGGGUUAUAUGAGAAUGGGAGUGUAGUAGGGAGAAUGGGAAUUGGGAACGGUGAUUCAUAUGUCAAUAAUCAUAUCUUUCAUGAGUCGAGCAUUGGCGAGGGUGAGAAUGGAGGGAUCCAUUCAGGUCUCGAUCCUUACACCGAAUCAAUUGGGAUGCUUCAGUCGGCACAAGAAGCACUUGAGAAUGAGAUCCAAAAGUUUUUGGAAAUCGGAAAAGAUGACAUUGAAAAUUCCACAACCAACUACAAUGGAAAUGAAUGGAGUAGUUCACCCAAUGGUGAAGAAUUUUCAGAAGAACUAGGUGAAAAGUUGAAGCUCCUUGAGUCCAAACUGGAAGAAACUUCAUUACUCAUCAGUGAGAAACUUGAUGCACUCAACCAGACACAACCAAUGGAAGCCAUGCUUCUGCAAUCUGAAGUUGAUCAACUACUCAUGGAGAAGAUGGAAGCAGAGAUUCAGUGCUUCAUUAUGAAAAGAGCUUCAGAAGCUUGGCAACCCCAGACCGAAGAUAAGGUUUCUCUGUGCGAGGCACAGAAAUCUCUGUCGGAGGAUCAUAAACAGUUGGAAGUCAAGCUACGGCACACCGAGAGUAGAGCGAUGACACUGGAGGCGAUGGUGGAGAAGCUAGAAUCACAAUGCAAAGAGCUUUCGAGCACUUCAGAAGUCGUCAAGCUGCAGGCCAGAGCAACUAGAGCUUCACUUUUUUGUGCCAUUCAGCUAGUGCUGCUGUGCAUCGCAGUAGGGACCUUCCUCGCGCGGGUCUUUCCCUCUCCUCCUGAGUUUAUACCCACUUGAGAAUGGAUAGGAGGCGCGUUGCGAACAUUUAUGUCGAGCGGGAGCAUCCGGUAUUCGAUGUCAAGGUCUCUCAAGAUCUUCAUCAUCUCGUGGAGAAUGAGCUCCCUUCUUUCAAACCUCAUCCCCAUGUCCUGGAAGUUGAUCGUGUGGCGGCACCAUAUAGAUAUUUUCAGCCUGUUUGUAUCGUCGAUGUCGCGGAGCACGACCAUGGAGCCAGGGUACCAGUGUUCCUUCUUGUUGUCAAGGUAGCUGAAAUUUGAUAUGAGAAUGGAUAUGAUUGAUUUAACACA